CUGUAUAAAUAGUAUGGUUCUACAUUUGUGUUUCCACUUUAUAUACACAUAGGUCGACAAACAAGAAGGCAGGUAUGAGAAAAAAAAGAAUUUUGUUAUCAAUAGAGAGGAAGACAAAUAUCUCUUAUCUCGCAGAGAUUUGACCGAUGUGACUAAUGGUAGAACUUUUAUCUUUACUUUAUCAAGUGUCGUAAGUAUUUCUUUUCACCUUUAUUUGGUGAAAUAGAAAUAAGUAGAUCAACUUUCCCCUGGUUGACCAAAUUAAUAAACUAGACGAAAUUGAGACAUGAGUUAGUGUUCAUGAAUACCGUCAAUAUCAUACGAGUGAUUUGCACCAGUGGUGUACUGUUCGUGCGAAAAAGUGUCAAAUAAAAACGUUGCUCAUGAUGAAAAUUCAAGUAGUCGUAAAAUUAGCCUGUGAGAGUAGUUUAUACCCCUGCAGACGUUCGAAGUAUCCGUUAUCGGUGAGUAGACUAACUGCUGGCUGAUCCUUUUAUCUUCCAUGAUCUAGUUAAGCAUAUGAAAUUUGUUAAGCAUAAUUCACCCAAUUAAAUAUUUUGUGAGACUUACCUGUCAGUUAGUAAUUGAAAGUAAAUCCAAAGGAGACAGGAACACAUCCUAUGUAAAUAAAAAGAGAGUUAUCCAUUCACUACACUGAAUUGAGACCUCCGUGUUUAUCCAUUUAUAAUUUGAAAACACACAAUAUAGAACUGUUUUUGGCUCAGCAAAGCAAACACUCUAAAAUAUUUGGCUUAUGCUAUCCAUCUUUCUGGUAACUUAUUGUAACUUACUCGGAUUGUUGCCACCGCUUUAUUUUAAGACGUUACACGAAGAGAAAAAAUGUGUCUUCUUUUGUUUGGCAUUCAGUCAUUGGAUAUAAAGAACAACGAUCAUUUCGUAUGAAAACUUAGACGUUUGUUUUUUAUUUACCAUAUCAGAUCGAUACCGUUUUCGUGAUUAAUACUAGGGUACCUGGAUGGUGCUAUUAAACAGAACUAUUCUCAAAGGUUCAACCAAUCGUGAAUAGUGAUCCACCACUCGAAAUCUAAACAUAUACUCCAUCAGGUCUACUAAAUCUACCAGAAAUAGUCUGCUAACUUCUCUGAGACUUUUGCUGCAUAGUAGCAGAUUGAAUCAAGGAUGUGUCUGGAUUAUGAGAAAUCAAUUCCAAUUAAUUGUGAAUAGAAAAGUGACAAGCACAGUGCUUUAAAAUAAGAUCGCAUAAGUUGAUCGAAAAUGAGCAUCAUCAAUGGAUCCUAGAAUAAGAUGUAUUAAUUGGUCUUAUUUGAAGACGCAUUUUUUGUAAUAGAGUAAGAGAAAUAAUCCUCAGAAAAUGAACAAAAUUCGGCUCUCACGAUAAAAGUUUAAGCAUUUUUACCUUUUACGACUAUGUAUGAUAAAUGGAAACGUAAAUCACUCGAAUAGUUUUAUUUUUAAAUAUUUUCUAGUCGAUUGUAUAACGCCGGUGACAACCGAUGCAGAUCGCGAUUAUCUUUUGAAUAAAUGUGGAAUAAAUGAUAAACGGCCAGUCAUAACCGAACCGUUUAUUCAAUGGGUUAUUGAAGAUAAUUUUUGUAAUAAUCGUCCGUCUUUAGAAAAUUUAUCGUUAUAUAACGUAUUACUGACAGACAAUGUCGAAACUUAUGAAUGUAUGAAAAUACGUUUAUUGAAUGCAAGUCAUUCAGCGAUGUGCUCAGGUUAUCUAAUGGGUUAUCGUUAUAUUCAUCAAAUUAUUCUUGAUCAAGAUAUAGAAGAAUGUAUUGAAUAUUUGAUGAAUGAUGAAAUCACAUUCACAUUACCUCCCGUUCCUGGCAUCGACUUAAAUUUAUAUAAAACUACAUUGAUUACACGUUUUCAAAUUCAAAUAUAA